AUGUCUGUCAAUGUCCCUGAGACCAUGAAAGCUCUUGUCGGCAAUCGAUCAACUAUUGCUCGUCUUGCAAACUAUGUCUGUGGAAAUCCAUCUGGAGACGGAGUACAAAUCAAAUUUGUUCAAGUUCCUGAGCUAUCAGAAACCGAAAUCCUUGUUCGAAUCCAAUGCGUUGCCCUCAAUCCAACUGACUUCAAACAUAUCGACAUUCUCUCCCCCAAAGGCGCUAUUAUUGGGUGCGACUAUUCGGGAACUGUUGUUAAAAUUGGAUCCAAAGCACCUGGAAACUGGACAGUUGGUGACCGAGUGGCUGGUUUCAUCCAUGGUGGUCUAUACGUCGAUCGUGGCUCAUUUGCGGAGUACCUCAAGAUUCCUGGCGAUCUGGCCUGGAGUAUCCCAUCCUCCGUAACGAACGAGGAGGCAACUACAUUUGGAGUUUCGGCUGUCACGGCAAUGCUCGCUUUGAACUGCAGGCUGGGAGUUCCUUGGGUUGACGGACACGAAAGUCUGGAUGAAGGCAGAUCAAAGACUCCGAUUCUGAUAUACUCUGGCUCCACAUGUGCCGGCCUCUACUCCAUUCAACUUGCAAAACUCGCAGGCCUGAAAGUAGUGACAACCGCUUCACCGCGAUCGCAUGAUCUAGUCAAAGAGUAUGGUGCUGAUGAUGUCUUCGACUAUCGGUCAUCUAGCGCCGUGGAAGAUAUCAUUCGAGCAUAUCCAAAUAUCGACAGAGCGUUGGACUGCUAUUCAGAAGGCAGCUCAACGGAAUUUUGCGCUGAGGUGGUUCGCAAGAACAGGGGGUGGGUGGUGACACUUCUGGACAACGCCAAAGCAGAUCUUGAUGGAGUAAGAGUGGAAUUCUUGCUUGGGUAUUCAGUCUUCAAUGCAGAAUUCCAGUGGUUGCCUCCUUUUGGACCCAAAUUUCCGAAGAUACCAUCCGACAAUGCUGCUCUGCGUCGAUUUUAUGCUUCAUUGCCCCAGCUUUCUAGCAAGCUAAAGGCUCCACCCAUCAAGAAAAUCGAUGGCGGAUUAGAAAACCUGAGCACAGGGCUCGAUAUGCUUCGUCAAGGGAAGGUGUCGGGUACUAAACUUGUUUUGUGUUUAUCUUGA